GGAAAAGCAGGGGUAGUAGCCGUGGACACCCUGGAACAGGUGCGCGUUCUGGAGGACACACAGCAGGACUCCAACACCUUCUGGCAGGAUGAAUGACUCUCAAGAUCUGACAAGCCCAGCGGCUGCCCUCAGCGUGUCCAAGGUGGAGCUGCGGGUCUCCUGUAAGGCUCUGCUAGAUCGGGACACGCUCAAUAAGUCGGACCCCUGUGUCAUACUCAUGGGGCAGGUGGAGGGCCAGUGGACAGAGCUGGACAGGACCGAGGUGAUCAAGAGCAACCUAAACCCUGUGUUUGCCAAGGUCUUCACUCUAGAUUACUUCUUCGAGGAGGCCCAGAAACUGCGCUUUGAGGUGUAUGACAUUCAUGGCACGCACAGCAUUGGCACCCGUGACGACGACUUCCUCGGAGGCAUGGAGUGUACCCUGGGCCAGAUUGUGGCCCAAAAGAAGAUGGUGAAGCCUUUGUUCCUGAAAUAUGGGAAGUAUGCUGGGAAAUCCGCCAUAACGGUGAAUGCAGAGGAAAUUUCGGGGAACAAUGGCUAUGUGGAGCUUUCAUUCUGUGCCAAGAAAUUGGAUGAUAAGGAUCUCUUCAGUAAAUCGGACCCCUUUUUGGAAAUAUACAGGAUCAAUGAUGAUGGGACAGAGCAGCUGGUCCACAGAACAGAGGUGAUCAAGAACAACCUGAACCCUGUGUGGGAGUCUUUUAAAGUGUCUCUGAGCUCUCUCUGCAGCUGUGAUGAGGACAGGAAGCUUAAGUGUCUGGUCUGGGAUUACGAUUCCAGUGGUAAACAUGACUUCAUUGGAGAGUUCUACCCCACCUUCAGAGAAAUGCAGAAAAUAGCAGGAGGAAACAAAGUCUCGUGGGAUUGUAUAAAUCCUAAGUACAAACUGAAGAAGAGGAACUACAAAAACUCAGGUGUGGUCAUCCUAAGUGAUCUCAAGCUCCACAGAGUUUAUUCUUUCCUGGACUACAUCAUGGGAGGAUGCCAGAUACACUUCACAGUGGCCAUUGACUUCACCGCUUCCAAUGGAGACCCACGAAACAGCUGCUCCCUGCACUAUAUCAACCCAUACCAGCCCAACGAGUACUUGAAGGCCCUCAUUGCAGUGGUAGAGAUCUGCCAGGACUAUGACAGUGACAAAAAAUUCUCUGCCCUGGGCUUCGGUGCUAGAAUUCCCCCGAAUUAUGAGGUCUCUCAUGACUUCGCCAUCAAUUUUAACCCAGACAACGAUGAAUGUGAAGGAAUCCAGGGUGUUGUGGAAGCCUACCAGAACUGCCUGCCCAAGAUCCAGUUGUAUGGCCCCACCAACGUGGCUCCCAUCAUAAACCGACUGGCCAAUCAGGCAGCACGUGAGGAGACUACCAAAGAUGCCUCACGAUAUCACAUCCUGCUGAUCCUCACGGAUGGGGUUGUCACAGACAUGGCAGACACGCGCGAGGCCAUUGUGCGCGCAUCGUACCAGCCGCUGUCCAUCAUCAUUGUGGGCGUGGGCAAUGCCGACUUCACGGACAUGCAGAUCCUGGACGGGGACGAUGGGAUCUUGCGGUCCCCCAAGGGAGAGCCCGUGUUGAGAGACAUCGUGCAGUUUGUGCCCUUCAGGGACUUCAAAACGGCCUCCCCUGCGGCCCUGGCUAAGUGUGUCCUUGCAGAGGUGCCCAAGCAGGUGGUGGAAUUCUACAGUCACAAGGCUUUUGCGCCCAAGUGCCCUAUUCUGGAUUCACCCAACUCCACUGCCAACACCCCUGAAUAAUGAAGGGACAAACAAGCCUUGGCUAUUUUCGAUGGUUUCCCCCUUUUCCUUACAUCUACCACUUGCCUUGUUUGAAGAAUCGAACAGUGGAAAUGAUGGGAUAUGGAAGCUGAGAUGGAGG